AUGCUCUGGAAGAGUCAUGAUUGUCCAAUGGGUGAUCCAAACAAACAGGAACUUCUGCGGUACAUGAAUAAUUUUCAACCUCAAAACAAAAAAGUCAAAGCCAUCAGAGUUCUGCUGCACGGCCCAGUUGGUGCAGGAAAGUCCAGCUUCAUCAACUCGGUCAAAAACAUCCUGCAAGGGAAAAUGACCAAUGAAGCUCUGGCCAGCAACACAACCUCUGAUCAAAGUUUCACCAAGAAGUAUCAAACCUAUAAAGUCAAGAAAGAAGGCAGGGAAAACUUUUAUCCGUUUGUGUUCAAUGACAUCAUGGGUCUGGAGGACGGAGAUGGAAGAGGAGUCAGAACAGACGACAUUAAAAACGCCUUGAAGGGACAUGUGAAGGAUGGAUAUAAGUUCAAUCCUGCAUCUUCUCUUUCUGAUGAUGAUCCUGGUUUCAUCUCUUCCCCGUCCAUCAGUGACAGAGUUCAUGUUCUGGUCUGUGUUUAUUCUGCUAAUGCAGCAGAAAUCAAGCUGUCAGUUUUACAGAAAAUGAGGAAAAUCAGAGAAGCAGCCAGUGAUCUGGGAAUUCCUCAGCUGGCGAUUCUCACUCACAUCGAUGAAGCCUGUGGGGAAACAGAGAAAAAUCUGAGAAACGUCUACAGGAGCACAUAUUUAAAGAAAAAGAUGGGCGACUUCAGCUCCAGCCUGGGGAUCCCAAUGAACUGCAUCCUCCCAGUGAAGAACUACAGUGAUGAAAUUCAGUUGAAUCCAGACGUCGACACUCUGAUUCUGAGUGCUCUGAAACUGAUGAUUGACUUUGGAGACGACUACGCUGACAAACUGUGAAGCUAUGGUAGAAACAAUCAGUAGUGUCCGUUUCAAGUAAACUUAUUUUUCUUUAAGUUGAUUUAAUUUAAAACACUAAUCAGGUGUAAACAUAGAAA